AAACAUAACAAAUUCCCAUUAAAGUUCCAAACUUGAAGAACAAUUAAACAAAAUUCAUAGACAUCAACAAUUUGAAAAAGAAAGAAGACAUGGAAGGAGGAACUGAAGCUUUCCCAGAUUUGGGAAGACACUGCCAGCUCCCAGAUUGCCAUCAACUCGAUUUUCUGCCUUUUACAUGCGAUGGUUGUCAAAAGGUGUUUUGUUUGGAGCAUAGGUUGUCUAAGUCACAUGAAUGUCAAAAACCAGACAUCAAUAGCAGGAAGGUGAUUGUUUGUGAAGUGUGUUCGGUUUCGAUUGAGACAACAGGGCAGUUUGGAGAGGGUGAGAAGAUUAUAUUGGAGAGGCACCAGAAAUCUGGAGAUUGUGAUCCCAGUAAGAAGAAGAAACCUACUUGUUCUGUUAAACGCUGCAAGCAGAUAUUGACUUUUUCAAAUACGGCGACUUGCAAGACUUGUAAUUUGAAGGUUUGUCUCAAGCACAGGUUCCCAGCUGAUCAUUCUUGCAAGAAGGAUUCAGUGGUGGGGAAGAAUGCUGCUGGGGCUGUGGUGGGUGCAGGUAGAUGGAAUGAUAAGUUUUUGGUUGCUUUGGCUGCAAGGAAUGGGAAAGAAUGUACCAAGAGUGACCGGAGUUCACAGGCUGCGGCAGCAUCGUCAUCAACCUCUAGUAAUCCAUCUGUUAAAGCCUACUGAAAGUGUGCCAAAAGCAGUGUCAUAUUGUAAAACCUAUCAUUGAAUGAGCCAUGAUUUUAACUGUGAUUUGUAGUU